GCGAAACAGAUCGAAGCCAAGUUCGAGACUUAUGUGGGAACGCUGCCUUCGGCGGAGCAGCAGAAAGCGCAGGAAAUGCUCAAAGCGUAUCGCUACAUUUUGUCCUCCAAAAUGACCAAGUCGAUGUCAGAACGGAACCUUUUGUCCAACGACAACUCGAUUCGAAGCUCCAUCUUCAAAGCCACCUCGGGCUUCUUGAACUUUGCGAAGGCGGGAGUGAAGGGAAUUCUGGGCGACGAGGAUCGCAGUGUCGUCGUGCAAAUCGUGGACGAAUUGGUGAAUGGAAGAUCGUCCUCACUGACAGAGUCCUUCGGGUAUUACGACCCUGCAACGGGGCGAACCAUCAUGCCGAGCGAUGGGGGAAAGAUGAGCUUUGAAGAUGUGAUCGUGUUCAUGGUGGGAGGCGGAAACUACAGCGAAUACCAGCACUUGCAGAUGUAUGCAAAGAGCCAGAACCCAGCGAGAGUGAUUCUGUAUGGAAGCACCGAUAUCUGCCCGGCCAAUCAGUUCAUUCCAGAAUUGCAGAUGUGCUUCAAGGAAUAAGGGACGGGAUGAAAGCAGGAUGGAGAUGUGAAUAGGAAUAGGAAUAUAGGUAGAAUAC